AUGGAACAAAACGUAAUUUUAUGGCUCAAAUCUGCAUAUGAUAUUCUUAUUGGUAAGGAUAGUAUGAAAUUUUUACCAUUCACAACAACGCAAACAACACCGACGCCUACAACGACGACAACGCAGCAACAACAACAACAAACGGAUAUGAUCGAUAUGAAUAAUAAUAAUGGAAAAAAUAAUGAACAACGACAAAAUAAAAAUCAUUAUUAUAUCGAUGAAAUUCAUUCCAAUCAAUCAAUAGAAUCAUAUCAUUCAAUUGUAACAAUGCCAUCACCACCACCAUCACCAACAAAUAUAGUCAUACAUUCUAAUCAUAACCACUGUGAUAAUCAACAACAACAACAACAACAACAAAAUAAUCAAACAUUGAAUUUGAUAUGGUCAAAAUUUUGCUCAAAACAACCAUCACCAUCAUUACGAUCAAAUCAAUUUAUACAGACAAUGAUCGAUGCAUAUCGUAGAUAUUUACCCGAUCAUUGUAAUCCAUUAAAAAUUAAUGAUAUUCGUGAUCAUAGGCUCAAUCCUUUCGUGACAAUUCGAACACGUCAAUACAGGAUAUAUGGUCUUGGAAAUGUAACGAAAACAGCUGAAGAUGGUUUCAUUAAAUUCCUUGGCAAUCAUCGAUUCAUCAUUGAUUUUAUUAUAUUGAUUAAUGAUCUUAAAAUUCAACUUGAUUGUCAAUUGAAACUGGGUCAUCGAUGGCAAAAGAAAAGAUUAUCAUUACGUAAUAAACAUUAUGAAAUGGAUCUAACUAAAUGUCGUUUAUAUGUUGAAUUAAUAAUCGAUACUAGUGAACAAACAAUACGAUUCGAACGUUUAUCGCCCAUCUCUCAGGAAUAUGGCCAUCAUCUUCACCAUCAACAUCAUAGCUCAUCAUCAUCAUCAUCUGGACAAUCAUCAAUCAACAAAUCUUCUUCAUGUUCAUCAUUACCAUCAUCAUCAUCAUUGUCUUGUCAUUUUCCGUCUUUCACUAAUCAUUUAUUUUCAACAAUCAUUGAACGUUAUUUUAAAAAUUAUUUUGCCGCCAAUCUAAGUCAUUUGGAAAUGAUUGUCAAUCGUAGAUUAUCAUCCAAUGAUAGACGACAACAUCAACAACAACAAUUGAAAAAUGGAAAAAAUGAUUAUUCCAUUUUGGAUUACAAUAAUCUCAUCAUUCAAACAUCAUUGUAUAAAAUAUUGGACGUUUUUCCAUCAUCAUCAUCAUCAUCAUCAUCGCCAUUGCCAUCACCAUUGCCAUCACCAUUACCAUUACCAUCAUCA